UCUGUCGAUUAGCAGGCAACAAGUGAGGAGCAGCUUUGAAGCUUGCAGGAAAAAGGGGGAGAUAAACGUUGAUCCUGACAAUCAGAAACUACAGAGGUCCUCAGGCCCAACUUGCUGACAGAAAAGCACUGUGAUGAAUUCCCUGUUUCUCCUGAGCUGUCUAAGCUCCACCUGGUUUCUUAUAGUGUACUCACACAUGAUACUGGAGGAAAAGCCCUGCACCAAUACUUCUUCUUCCUCGGUUCUACAGCAUGGGAGCCUGUCAGAUGCACCACCCAUCGUCAUUGUAGAGUUACCCAAAACUGCAAAGAAAAAAAAAAACAAGAAACCAAGAAAGAACAAAUUCAGCAUCAAAAACAAGCGUCCACCUCCUCCCCCCAACUGCGUGCCAUUGUGGGGAAGCUGCAAAACCCCCGAUAAUGUGUGUUGUGAGCACUGCGCUUUCUGCCACUGCCGCCUCUUCAAGACUGUGUGCUAUUGUCGAAUGGGUAACCCGCAGUGUUGAAGACAUAACAGAGGAUAUUGGCAUAUUCACAAGGAGAGAAAAUGUCACUUUUGUUAUAAAUAAGAAUAUAAUAUGUUUCUGAACACUUCUAUGUUUCUGAACACUUCUAUGUUCAUAUGGAUGCUACCAUGAUUAUGGAUAAUUAUGAUUAUGGAUAAUCGUGAAUGAAUCAUGAGUAAUGGGGAGUGUGAAAGUUUCAGAGGCAUAAGUAUCAUACACGCCAAAAAAUGCUAACCUCUGUUAUUGGUAAUAGUUAGAGGUUAGCAUGUUUUGGGGAUAUGAUCUUUCUGCCUCUGUUACUUUCUCACUCAUCAUUGAUCACGAUUCAUUCAUGAUUAUCCGAAAUCAUGGUAGGAUUCACAAUAAUGUUGAAGCAAUGAGAAAAAUCUUAUAUUCUUAUUUACAAUAAAAGUGACUCCAAAAUGGCACAUUACAUUAUUUACCAUUCAUUUUUAUUGGGCACAACAUAAUCCAAAACAAGUUUCUAGGGUCACAAGCGUGAUGUAGUCAUUGUGUGUUGGAAUUUGGGACUAAAUACUAAACUUUUGACUACUUUAAUACACCAUAAGUGAAUUUGCCCAAAUACUUAUACAAUGACACCUUCAAAUGGGGGGACUAGAUGCAUAAAGUGCUUUCAUUUCUAAAUGGUAAAACAGAUAUCUAUGAAAAUAACCAUAAAAAAAGGUAAUAUUCUGUACUGUCGCCUCAUAUGAAACAUUUGAUCUCAAAUCCAAAAUGCUGGUGUAUAGACCCAAGUUAAAAGAUUUCGCUUCACUGUCUAAAUAAAUACAUAAGGGAGUGUGUGUACAUGAAGCAGCACGCAAGUCUUUUCAUGAAAUGAGUGCUUUUUGCCUAUUUUAAGUAGGAAUUGUGCAAAAAUAUUGCAUUUUAAAAGCCUGUUAUAUUAAAUGAUGCGCCAUUUCAUAGAGAACAUGGAACAUUUAAUGAAUCAACUUUUUUAUAUAAAUAAAGACUUGCUAAAGUGCCAAACUUCAGCAUUUUGAUAUGUCCCUCUGUGCAUCCUCUGUGAAUUCUAGGAAGAUUUUAACCCACUCAACGCCAUUUUCUCCAAGUGUUCACCAUUAUGGUAAAGCCCUUGUCAAAGCAACAAAGGCUUUACAAUUACAAAGUCAUUUCUGAAGAUUAUUAUUAAUUUCAUGUUAUUAAUUAUUAAUUUUUAAGGAGAAAAAAAAACUGUCCCUCAUUUUAAGGUCAACCCAGUUAGGUGAACUGAACUCUUGUUUUAAUAUGGUGAAACUAUUACUAUUGAAAAAAAUAAUCAUCUAAAGAGACAUUAACCAUCUAAUAUUCAAAUCAAAGUGUAAAGGCAAAGGAGCUGGUUCGACUCUUUUUGGCCAUUAUCUGGUGUUUUGUGGUGGAAAACCGAACGGGUUGAGCAUAACACGUCAACUAUGUUACCCAUAGAUCAAAUCAGAUUUUUCGCCGAAUACAACAGGUAGACCUUACCGUGAAAUGCUUACUUACAACCCCUUAACCAACAAUGUAGUUAAGAAAAUAGUGUUAAGAAAAUAGUUACUAAAUAAACUAGAGUAAAAAAUAACACAAUAAAAUAACAAUAAUGAGGCUAUAUGCAGGGGGUACCGGUACCGAGUCAAUGUGCCGGGGUACAGGUUAGUCGAGGUAAUUUAUACAUGUAGGUAGGGGUAAAGAUAGACAGGCUAGAAAUGUUUGAACUAUUUCAAUAUUUUUCUGAAGCUUGCAUUCAAUUGCCCCUCGUAGCACACAAUCCUGCCACAAGAGGAUUUAUGUUUGAUUUAAGAUUAAGUUGUCAACCCUGGUAGGGGUAACCCUGUUAUGGUCAACCCUGUUACUUUAUUUGGCACUUUCUAUGGCCGUUUUUAAAAAUUUAACCUCUUGAGAUGGGAAUUUAUUUUCAUUAAGUUGAGCAUGUCCUCUUUAUGGAAGAAUGUUAAAAUUAGGUUAAAUAAAAUGUUAUUUCACCAAGUUACACUACUCAAAAGGCACCUAAUUGGUGCAACGAACCACUUCAUGACAGUGCUGUACAUGUGGCAGUGUGUAGGAUUUACAGUCUUGAAUAGUUUAAGUCCAGGGGCCCAAUUGUCUGGUUCUUUGAUAAAAUGUGGCAAGCACUUUAAAAGAGGUACAAAUUGUGUUCCCCUACCUGGUUUUCAUAUAUUGAUGCUGCUAGUGUUCACAAGCUCAGAAUGAUCAGCAGUUUAGUAUUGCAUGCAUCUGAUGGUUUUACCUACAGCACAAACAAUUAAACUACCACUGGAGAAAUACAAAUGUUUUAUAGCUCUAUAUUAGUAUGGCAUGUGAUUUACAGAAAUACAAACUGCCAAAGGCACUCCAGGAGCCAAAAUGUCUGUUUUUUUAAUUUAUUUUAACUGUACAAUAUUUACAGCGAGGUAUUUUCUGUUGGCCAACAGUAUUUCGUUUUCUAUGGCAAAAUGGCUUGUAUUAACACUAUUAUUUUAACGAUGUAAUGAAAAAUCUAAACAGACUUUGUAAUAAAUUUCUAUCUGCAUGUUUGGUAA